AUGUCGGCCACCCCAGUCUCACAGGAGUUCUCUUUGAGGACUCCAAAGUCCUAUCACACCUCGUCAGACGAGGUCUUUGAGCUGGCCCACAGUUGGAUUGCGGGCUGCAAAUGCGCAAGCUCUUGGGAGCCAGGAGCAAUUCGGCACAAACGCUACCCGAAAAGGCUCAUCGAUAUCCAGGAGCUGAGAGAGGCAAACGGAGUGAAGAUCGGCCAGGACUUUACUUUUCUGUCCAAGACUUCCAUCCUCGACCACUUCAAAGUCAAGCUUGUCGAGGAGGAUGCCGAAACACUAAAGGCCCAGAGGUACAACAGAUUCGUGACCUUGAGCCAUUGCUGGGGCCGCCCGAAAAGCGUCCAAGGCCAGCUCAAGCUCACCAGCCGGACCGAGAAGAAGUUCAAGGGCGAGGGAAUAGAGCUCGGAGCCUUCACCAAGAGCUUUCGCGACGCAAUCCUGUUUGCCUGCCGUCUUGAAGGAGUUGGCUACGUCUGGAUCGACUCCCUCUGCAUCAAACAGCCGAGCUCGUUUCCGGGCGACGACCCAAAGGACGCCGAGAGGGAUUGGCUGGAGCAGUCUCGCGUCAUGGGCGAUGUCUACCGCGAGUCGUAUCUCAACAUCUCCGCCACUGCUGCUGUAGACGGAGACAAGGGGCUCUUCUUCCCUCGCCACCCCGACCACCUUUGGGAAGACGAGAUCAACCUGAACCUCGUUGGCCUUCCCGGCCAUGAACCAUCGCCCCCAAAAUCAAACGAGGGAGACUACUAUCCCGACAUGCCUCUGCAAAAAAAGGAAUCCGGAAAAGACCAUCUGAGGCGCUGCACCAUUAUCGACGUUGCCUUCUGGGAAGACUUGGUCGACAAUGCUCCGGUCAACAAGCGAGCCUGGGUCCUGCAGGAAAGGCUGAUGGCUCCGCGCGUUCUUCACUUUUGCGCCAACCAGAUCGCUUGGGAGUGCGCCGAGUUCGAUCGUACCGAAGGCCAUUCCGAGUGCGUUCCGCCAUACAAGGUCAAACUCGGAGAAAUCGUGCAAGAGGGCAGAUUCAAGAGCCUGGACCCGGACAAGGACGGCCUGGCCCUACGUGAGAUCCGACUGAAUGGCUUCAAAGACCCCGACGAGGGGUUGGAAAACGUUUACGUCUAUGAGCUGUGGAAACGCAUCGUCGAGGCCUAUUCGAAAACUAAGCUGACCAUGUCGAGGGACAAGCUGAUUGCCCUCUCCGGAAUCGCCAAGUUGAUCCACACCACGUACCUUCAAAACGUCGAAUACGUUGCCGGCAUGUGGGACCAAUAUCUCGAGAGCCAGCUCUUGUGGCGCGUCGAGCCCGUCUUCAAAGACGGCUUGUUCGAGAACCACUCGACCCGUGAUCCCACAAGGGCUCCAUCGUUUUCGUGGGCAACUCUCGAUGUUCCUCAGGGCAUUGUAUACGGCGAAGCAACAGACUACAACGGAUGCAAUGACGAGCUUCUGUUCAAAGUCAUCAGCUGGCACCUGCCGUACACGGAUGAGAAUGGCAAGUAUGACCGAUUCGGCCUGCUCAAGAACGAGAACAAUGCCGGCUUCAUCGAGCUCAAGGUGAAAUAUCUCCGGAAGAUACAUCUGCGAAAGCUCGAGCUGCCUCGCAGGGUUCCCUAUGGUUGGUGGCUGGACGACAGCGGUCCGUUCCGGCCAUUUGACCCGACGAGAAGAGAGCAUACCAACGUGUACCUGGACGCUCCCGACUCGGACGUGGACAUCUUCUCCGACAAAGCAGAGUUGUACUGCAUGCCUGCCGCGUUUGGAGAGCGGACUGUCAAGAAGACAUCACGAUAUCUCAUGUGUCUUCUGCUGCAGAAGCUGGACGAUGACAGAAACUUCAAGCGGAUCGGACUGACAAAACUCUCAAACUACGCUGAUGCAAAAGGGCAGAACGCGCUUCAGAAAGGGGACCAGAGGGAACAGACCAUACGCAUCAGAUGA